AUGAAUCUCAAGAGCUUUAUCGACCUGAUAAUAGUCAUAGUGCUUCUAAAUCUUAGCUUAGAGAAUUACUAUGGAGCAGAAGGUAAGAACAAUUUACUGGUAUUGAAAGAAGAAGACAUGGAGUUAGACAAAAAACUUAAGAUUUUGAAUAAGCCUCCUGUGAGAUCCAUUCAGAUAAAACUUGGUGACAUAUAUGACUGCAUAAAUAUCUACCAGCAGCCGGCUUUUGAUCAUCCAUUGCUUGGAAAUCACAAAAUUCAGAUGAAACCAAAUGUGGUUGAUAAAGAAGGAAAACCUGAUGAACCUAUUUCUAAUAUGGGUUCAAGUGAAGUGCGUUCUAAACUUGAAAGGUGUCCUCCAGAAACUGUUCCAAUCCGGAGAACCACAAAGGAAGAACUGAUAAAUUCGAAAUAUCUCUCUAACUGGAUGAAGUCUCGCCAUUAUGUGUCAGUUCAAUCCUUUUCCGAGAAAGUAUACUAUGGAGGUAAAGCUUCGAUUUCGAUAGUAAAUCCAAGUGUUGAUAUGGACAAAUUUAGCACUGCUCAAAUUUGGAUACAGAAUGGUCCUACUGAAGAACUAAAUAGUAUAGAAUUUGGAUGGGCUGUACACCCUCAAUUAUUUAGUGACAAUCAGACUCGAAUAUUCGACUUAUGGACGGCUGAUGGAUUUAAAGAAACGGGAUGUUAUAAUAUGCUUUGCCCAGGAUUUGUGCAAAUCCACCCUGAGUACUCUUUUGGAGAUUAUAUUAAAGGUGGAACCUAUGGGGAGGCAUAUCAACAUGCUUAUGAUUUUUCAGUGCAUCGAGAUCCAGAAAGUGGCAACUUGUGGCUCGUUAAUGGUCUAGAUAAUGCAAAAAUAGGAUACUGGCCGAAGGAGAUCUUUAAUCAUUUAUAAAACAAUGCAUCUGUUAUAGGAUAUGGAGGGGUUGCUGGAGGAGAUCUUGGUAAGCCCACUCCACCAAUGGGGUACGGGCGUUUACCCGUUUCUGAUUCUAGAUAUUCAUGUUGUAUGUUUAAUAUGAAAGUCGGUAAUGAUCGAGGAAAAUUUGUGGACUUUGAUACAUCAAAGGUGCAACCGAGGCACGAUACAAAAACUAGUUGCUAUGACCUCAUUUUUAUCGGUAGAGUUUUUGUUCGUGGGAUAUCAAUGUUUUUUGGAG